AUGGCGGAGUUUGGUAACAUUAAUACUUCCACCACAGAGUCAAUGCCGAACACCAAUGAGGACAACAUCGAGCAUGAGAUGCUGGAGUACGGCACGCCCAACUCAUCCACCACCGAAAAUGUGGAUGAAGAUACACCAUUACUAACCAGUUCAGGUCCCAAGAGGCCAUAUGAAGGAGGCGGUUCCGUCGAUGUUGGGAAAUGGCGGACCAUGGUGCAGGGCAUGCCAGUGGUCAAAGCCGUGGUCGAAAGCAAAAGAGACAUCAUCGACAAAUGUGAAGCAAGCGUAUCUUCUCAAGUGAUGAAGAAGGGGUAA